AAGCUUGAUACAAAUAUAUAAUGGAACUAUUAUUGUAUCACAUCUUUUCUGUUGUGGCUUCUGUCUUAUUUAUUUUUCUGGUAAUGUGGGGGGAUAAUUAUGAAAAUGUGAUGAUAUUGCAGAUAUACUAGUAUUUGAAUGACCAAAAGCAGCUCAUUGAUUCGUUGACCUCUUUGCAAGAUUGUUCACUUCCAUUGAAAUACUAUCUUAGAGGUUGCUUUAUUGUGCUUCAGCACUCCAUUAUGUUCUUCGUGCUGCUGCUGCAUAAGUUUUUGGUUUGUGUGCUUCUCAGCGUUUCUGGUUUGCAGUUUAGUUUCUGAAGUCUGAAUGUGAACCCUUUACCUUCUCUGCGAGACCACCGUGAGACCACGCGAAAGUUGUUUGCUACGACACCAUCACUAUCUUCAAUCAAUGGCUCCAAUUGCAGUGAGAGAUGUGAUUCCAGAUGGAACGUUAGCACACCUCAAUGACGAACGUAAACCUCAAUCUGUUUCUAUUAAUUCCCUCUCCACCGGUGAAAAAAGUUAUCAUCAUUGUUGUUCUUGGUGCUUUCACUCCCCACUUGAAGGUAUUGCCAUGCACGCCCCCCUCAUUCUUUUCAAUUGUUCCUCAAAUCAAGUGGAUUGAUCUCUUGGAAGAGAAAAUUUCAUCAAAUGGAACAUCUGGAACAUAUGAGCCAAUUGACACAAUGAAGACAGUCAAAGAAGAUGAUGAAAGUUGCACAUCAUUGCCACUAUUUGAGCACUUGUACCAAAAUGUCUUGCUUUAUGCUUGAUUAGUAUAAUUGAAUCUGUUAGCAUCAAUGUAUAGGUAGGUUUUUUUUUGCAAUUGAUGCAAUCAUUUGCAUAGGUUGUUGGUAGGCGAAUUUCUAUUAGACUAGUGGACUUUUAAGUUUUUCUAGAUUCAUCAUAGGCAUAUUGGUCCAAGGAUGGGAUAUAAGUUCUACUGAUGACAUUAUUUUUGUUGCAUUUCAAGGUUAAUUGCAUAAAUACAAUUGUAUUCUUUUUGCCUUA